CGCGCAGGGCCCGGCCCGGAAUGCUGACUCCGAGCUACUCGCAUUCCAGCCCAGAGGGAGCAGCAGGGAAUACGCGCAAAGGAGGCCGGGAACUGCCCAUAUCCGGGAAACCCUCUGCGCCAGACCCACCGAGAACAUGGCGGCCCGGAACUGAGCCCCACGGGGGGUGGGGGAGGGGACGAGCUGCCACCAGCACCGGGGAACCGAACGGCGCUGCCGCCACCCCCCCCCUCGGGCGGAGCCCAGCGCCGCACGCAGCGCGCCGCGGCCCGCAACACGCGUGGGCCUGGGGCGACGCCGCCGCCUUGUCCCCGCAGGGUGGCUGACUUUGUUGUUGUGAAUUUCAGCACUGUUGGAACCACAAGUAGUGGUGAAUGUUUUCACUCUUGCUUAAGAGUGAGUUCUGAAACUACCAACGAGCCUUUCUUGAAAUUUUUGUGGCUGAAUCCUUGGUGGAGGUUACAUAGAUACAUGUUUUCAUGAAGAGAAGUGAGAAGCCGGAAGGAUAUAGACAAAUGAGGCCUAAGACUUUUCCUGCUAGUAACUACACUGGCAGCAGCCGGCAAAUGUUACAAGAAAUACGAGAGAGCCUUAGGAAUUUGCCUAAGCCCUCAGAUGCUGCUAAGGCUGAGCACAAUAUUGGUAAAAUGUCAGCUGAAGAUCCCAGACAAGGCCGAAAUCCCCCCAAAUUUGUAACAUACCAUAAAGCUUUGCAAGAAAUUCGAAACUCCCUGCUGCCUUUUGCAAAUGAAACCAGCUCCUCAGCCAGGGGAACAUCUGAAAUCAAUCGACAAAUGCUACAAGACUUACAGGCUGCUGGGUUUGAUGAGGAUAUGGUUGUACGAGCUCUUAGGCAAACCAACAGCCGUAGUAUAGAAGCAGCAAUUGAAUUCAUAAGUAAAAUGAGCUACCAAGAUCCUCGUCGGGAGCAGAUGGCUGCAGCAGCAGCCAGACCUGUUAAUGCAGGCAUGAAACCACCAGUAGGUGGUGUGCAGCAAUCAAUUAACCGCAAACAGAGCUGGAAAGGUUCUAAAGAGUCCUUGGUACCUCAGAGACAUGGCCCUCCAUUGGGAGAUAGUGUAGCUUAUCGUUCAGAAAGUCCAAGUUCUCAGUCAGAUGUAGGAAGGCCCUUAUCUGGUUCUGGAUUAGCAGCAUUUGCUCAGGCUCAUCCUGGCAAUGGACAAAGAGUGAAUCCACCUCCUCCACCACAAGUAAGGAGUGUUACUCCCCCUCCUCCUCCUCCAAGAGGGCAGACUCCUCCACCAAGAGGAACAACUCCUCCACCUCCUUCCUGGGAACCAAAUGCUCAAACAAAACGUUAUUCUGGAAGCAUGGAAUAUAUGAUCUCUCGCAUUUCUCCAGUACCACCAGGAGCAUGGCAGGAUGGCUAUCCGCCGCCGCCAAUGAAUCCAUCACCCAUAAGUUCUUCUACACCGGGACAAAGAGGCAUUAAUUCUGUUCCUCUUGGCAGGCAACCAAUAAUCAUGCAGAGUUCUGCCAAUAGCAAGUUUAGUUUUCCAUCAGGAAGAGCUGGAAUGCAAAAUGGCAAUUGUCAGACUGAUUUCAUGGUUCAUCAGAAUGUUAUAUCUGGGAACUCAGUCAAUCGUCAGCCACCCCCUCCGUACCCAAUAUCCCCAACUAAUAGGCAAAGUCCUACAGCAUUGCAGAUGCAAGCAGGAGGAUCUGUUCCUCCUUCAGCAUACACCAAUGGAAACAUUCCUCAGUCCAUGAUGGUGCCAAAUAGAAACAGCCACAACAUGGAACUUUACAAUAUAAAUCUACCUGGAAUACCAAUGUCCUGGUCACAGCCUUCAUCUGCUCCACCCCAAUCACCACCUGGCAGUGGACAUGAAAUCCCUACAUGGCAACCCAACAUUCCAGUAAGAUCAAAUUCUUUCAAUAACCCUCAUGGAAAUAGACAGAGUCACUCUAGCAAUUCUCAGCCUUCAGCCACCACAGUAACAGCUAUAACCCCAGCUCCCAUUCAGCAGCCAGUAAAAAGUAUGCGAGUAUUAAAGCCAGAGCUGCAGACUGCCUUAGCACCAACUCAUCCUUCUUGGAUGCCGCAGCCAAUGCAAGCUAUCCAACCAGUCCCCUUCUCUGAGAGCCCAUCUACCAACAUGGCAGUUAUGACACCUGUUGCAGAAGCUCCAAAUUACCAAGGUCCUCCACCACCUUACCCAAAACACUUGCUGCACCAGAAUCCAUCUGUCAGUCCACAUGAGACAGGAACCAAACCUAGCAAAGAAGAUCAUCCCAGCUUACCUAAGGAAGAAGAGAGUGAAAAGAAUAAUGAAUGUGUUGAUGGGACAGACAAAGAAAAAAAACAAAUAACAACCUCACCUGUUCCUGUUAGGAAAAAUAAGAGAGAUGAAGAGCGAAGGGAGUCUCGCAUUCAAAGCUAUUCUCCUCAGGCCUUUAAAUUCUUCAUGGAGCAACAUGUGGAAAACAUACUCAAGUCUCAUCAGCAACGAUUGCAUCGUAAGAAACAACUAGAGAAUGAAAUGAUGCGGGUUGGGUUGUCCCAAGAUGCCCAGGAUCAAAUGAGAAAAAUGCUGUGCCAGAAGGAAUCUAACUACAUUCGUCUCAAAAGGGCUAAAAUGGACAAAUCAAUGUUUGUAAAAAUUAAGACUCUUGGCAUUGGGGCAUUUGGAGAGGUCUGCCUAGCAAGGAAAGUGGACACUAAUGCUUUAUAUGCAACAAAAACCCUGCGGAAGAAAGAUGUGCUGCUUCGGAACCAAGUUGCUCAUGUUAAAGCUGAGCGGGAUAUCCUUGCAGAGGCUGACAAUGAGUGGGUGGUUCGCCUGUACUAUUCAUUCCAAGAUAAGGACAAUUUGUACUUUGUAAUGGAUUACAUUCCAGGAGGUGAUAUGAUGAGCCUAUUAAUAAGAAUGGGUGUCUUCCCAGAAAAUCUGGCACGGUUCUAUAUAGCAGAGCUGACCUGUGCAGUUGAAAGUGUUCACAAGAUGGGCUUCAUUCACAGAGACAUUAAACCUGAUAACAUUUUGAUUGAUCGUGAUGGUCAUAUUAAACUGACUGACUUCGGGCUUUGUACAGGUUUUCGAUGGACACAUGAUUCCAAAUACUAUCAGAGUGGUGACCAUUCACGUCAAGACAGCAUGGAUUUCAGUAAUGAAUGGGGUGAUCCAGCAAACUGUAGAUGUGGAGACAGGCUUAAGCCACUUGAGCGUAGGGCAGCACGUCAGCAUCAGCGUUGUUUGGCACAUUCACUUGUUGGCACACCUAAUUACAUUGCACCAGAAGUACUGUUACGAACAGGAUAUACACAACUGUGCGAUUGGUGGAGUGUUGGAGUAAUUCUCUUUGAAAUGUUAGUGGGGCAGCCUCCCUUCCUGGCACAAACACCACUGGAAACACAAAUGAAGGUUAUCAAUUGGCAAACAGCUCUUCACAUCCCACCUCAAGCUAAAUUGACUCCAGAGGCUUCUGACCUUAUUAUCAAACUCUGCCGAGGGCCAGAAGACCGCUUAGGCAAAAAUGGUACAGAUGAAAUAAAAGCUCAUCCAUUUUUUAAAGCUAUUGAUUUUUCAAGUGAUCUACGACAGCAGACUGCUUCAUAUGUUCCUAAAAUUACACAUCCCACAGACACAUCCAAUUUUGACCCAGUUGAUCCCGAUAAGUUAUGGAGUGAUGAUAAGGAAGGAAAUGUAAAUGAUACACUGAAUGGAUGGUACAAAAACGGGAAACACCCUGAACAUGCUUUUUAUGAGUUCACAUUUCGAAGAUUUUUUGAUGACAAUGGCUACCCUUACAACUGCCCUAAACCCAUUGAAUAUGAAUACAAUAAUCCACAAAACUUGGAGCAGCAAUCAGAUGACGAUGAUGAUGAGCAGGCAGGCAAAGCGGUUCAAAAUCGUGAUCUAGUUUAUGUUUAGCAGAGGAGUUGAAGAUAUUUGAACCGUAUGUUUUGAACUUGGGAUUUUUCAUAAAUCCCCUGUGAUGAGAGAAUUAACAUAAGAUUGCUUGGGUAAAUAUAUGCACACUUUAUAUAAAAAAAAAUACCAUUAUCACAGAGUUCUGUAUUUUUCCUUUCUGUACAUUUUGUUUUCCCAAAAUGCAGGGAAAUCAUUUUAAAACGUUAAUUUAUUCCAGCAUUAUUAAUCAUUAAUUUAGAAAAUAAUUGAUGUUAGGAAAAAUAAAUUAUGAACUGAGUUUUAUGAUCAGUUCUUUGUACUUUAAGUACUCAAUAUAGGAAAUAGUGAUUUCUUAAAAGGAGAUGCCUGUUAUCUAUUUGUACAUAGGCUAAAUAAUUUUUUAAAAAAAUCUUUGUUCCAGACUUAAACAGUUCUGCCUUGCUUUGACCAAAUAUAAAUCUUAUCAUACACUUACAAAACUGAUACCUCUCUGAUACAAGGCUGCUGUACCAUGGCUUCCCACAAUAUCAAGCUCCAUUGUUAGCAAAAUUAAGCCUGUUUGAUAAGUAAUUCCCAGUUACUACAGCUUUGAAAAUAGGAAGCAUCAGUCUCUGUUGUAAUGUGACUAUAAAUGGUUAAAAAAAACUUAGGGUUUUUAUUUAUAUUUAACUUAAAAUUAUAUUGAAAUCUAUAACUAGAUUUAGGGCACUGUGAUACCUAAAACCAGUAAUAGUAUUUACUUAGUAGCAAUUUAGCUCUCUCCCUGUCAGCCCUUCUUAAAGAUGUGGGAGGAAUGAAGCUUUAGAAAAAAAUAGCCUGAAAUCUGCUCUAACUUCAUUUUUUGACUGAAGCCAAACUGUGCUGACUCUAAAACUCUGUUCCAAUCAGAAUAAUUAUAGCUUGAAAAGUUGUUUUUAAAAUGGUUCUGUUUCUUGCUCCAGCCUUUUAGUUGGUUAUCAGGAAGGACUGAGAGUAUGAUACGUGGCUUUCAUUAGGCUUUUGUGCUGCGAAGACCAGUUUUGUGUGUUAAACCUUAACCAGUGGGAAACACUGCUGUGCGUGUACCUGGGAACAAACAAGUUAAGCUGUUUGUUUCCCCCUUGUUACAUUUCUGUCAUUGACAGUUUAAUUCAAAGCAGAUUUACCUCUGUGGUGUUUGAUACUGCGAUAGCAGAUGCAUAUAAUUCUGAAUACUGGUUUCAUGGCAUUCAAGCAGCAGCUGAGCAGAAGUUCUAGUAUCACAGCCUUAAGAUGCAAAAUUAAUAAGCCUUUUGUGAUGCUCAGAGGAGAGCACCCACUCACAAGACCAGCAGUUGUUUCAGGUGUGGAAAGAGAGAGUAAUGCCCCUCGAUCCCAUAGCCAGCAGUUUUUUUGAGGGACAGAGGGAAAUCUAAGUUGUUUUUUUAAAAAAUAAAUAAAAAUUUAAACAUACUUUUAAACAACCACAGUUUCCCCACUCCUGGGUUGAAGUCCCAUCUGUUAAUAUCAAUGAGACAUUUUUAACAUCAGUGCGUCUUGUUUACUCCGAUCAUCCAGGCCAUUAUUCUAGAAUUCUUGCUCCCUAAGCAUCAUGAAACCACACUCAGAGCUGGUAUCACAGCAGUGUAAGGAGUACGUGCAGUACCACUAUGGUGCUCUCAUGAUAAAUGUCUUUUAAAAAUAAGUUUAAGAAGAGUCCUGUUUUUUAUGGAUAUUUACUUAUCUUUCUGUUCUGAAGCAUCUACCAUGGUGAAAAUAUAUUUAUGUAAAAAUAUGCAUUCCUUAUAAUAAAAAAAAGCUGUUUAUCUAUGAUCUCAAUAGGACAUGAAUCAGUAAAACACAAUUCAAGUCCUGUAUGCCUGUCUUAAAGAAAGCUGUUCUAUCUCAACAUUUCUAAGAUCUAUAAUGUUUAGCUUCAACAUUAUAAAAUGGAUGCAAUAUAUAAAUACUUCAGCUUUUUAUUUUUGUUUGUAAAAAUAGGCUUUAUUUCACAGUAAAUAAUCAUUUAAAGGACUGUCUUUAUUCAUAAUGUUGGUAAGUGUCCCAGUAAAACUGGCAGUUUUAAUCUCAUUUACUUGUCCUGCAGUAAAGUGUAAUAUAUUACUAGUUAAAACCAAUUUAAUCAAGUGAGCAUUAUUUGUGGGCAUGUAAUAAAUAAAACUUCCUUAGACAAUGCUGUCACCUUUCAAUUACAAAUACAAUUUUUAUAAUUGAUUAUCUGAGCAUAUUUCUCCUUUCCCAGUCCAUCAGGAUCUAGACUUGUGAUUGGUCUUAGCCAAACAGUGAUGGGUUUUAGCUGAAGAAAGAUGUCCUUUCCAAGGCAGUUCCAUUCUACAUAAGGAAGUUAAAUCCAAAAGGAAUUCCUAUUAAACCAAAAUAAUUGAUAUUUUAAUAUAAUAUGCAUAGUACUGAAAUAUGAGAUACCGCUUUGCCAUUUUGAAACACUUAAAUAUAUUUGUCCUGAGAAACUGGUAGUAUUUCCAAUUAUCUGCCAUUACAUUUCUGAUAUUCCUAAUUUCUUAAGUUUGCAGUCUAGAUGCUGCAGUACUCCAUAAAUGUAUUUCUCUCCUGGAUCUCCCAGUGCAUUACAGCGCUAAGUCUUGCUCUGAGAGAACAGAAAAUAUCCUCAUAAACAAUUGUGUUAUCUCAGUUCGCCAAUGUAUUGCCCUGUGCUCAUGUGGGUAAACUCCCUUUGACUACAGUAGUAGUUCCAAACUUGGAUCCAGGACAUGUUGUGACCUUUAGUGUCUACUGUUUACAAUAUUGAUAUUUCAGUCCUUCAUAAAUUUUGCUCUAGAAUCUUCUGGGGCAUUGAAAUUCAGAUUGAUCUUUGAUCGGACUAGUUUGUAUUGAGAACAGAGGAGAGAUGCUUAAAACCAGCAGCUGUGAGAUUGUAUAAUCACAGUUUUAGUUCGGACUUCUUGAAAAUAUUUUCAAUUGUAAAGAAUUAAAAUGUUACUGGCUUUUAUUGCCUUAUGUAUACAUAUAAAUUGUAUUUAUAAAAUGUUCUGUAAUCAUGUAACUAUUGUAAAUACUGUUCUUAUGUAUUCAAUUAUAUUCUAUCCUAGGGCAGGCCCUUUUGCUGUAUCUUUUCUAUCUUCAUAUUUCUAAUAGAAUCAAUAGAAUGUAUGACUAGAAAGUCAUUUUGAGACUGACUUAAAAAAAUCUUCUGCUGUUGCUAAUUGCGAAGCUGAGAGUGGGUAUGAUUUAUUUGGACUUAAUUUUAUUUAGUUAUUAGCAAAUGCAGUGGUUGGAUUUUUAGACGCCGCUGUUGUUACCCUACAUACCAUAAAACUCCGUUCCAAAUGUUGUUGGUAUUUAAAAUCAGACAUUUAAUCUGUUUGCUUUAAUUCAACCAAAGCAAAGAGAGAUCAAAUUUCAGUCAACAUAAGGGUAAAAUGUUAUGAGUGCCUUAACAUGCUUUUGAGCAAAGGCACUAUUCAAGUUUACUAUUGUAUUUUGUGUGUGUGUGUGUGUGUGUGUCUUUUGUAUGAUAAAUGUUCUGCUGACAAAACACUACAAUUUUAUAAAAUGACACUAGAUCAAGAGAAGGAAUUGCAGCCUUCAUGGACAAUAUAAAUCAUCUUUGCAUACUUCUGAAUGUAACAGCUGUUGGUAAUCAGUGACAUACCCUAUACCUAGUUUAUGAAUGUUUCAUUUUUUUCCAAAUCAGUUUCUCUAAGGUAAUAUCUGCUAGGAUAAUAAAGAAUAAAGUACAGUAAAUCUUUUUCCUUAUACAUGGUAAAUAAAUUCUGGUUCUACUAAUCAAAUACACGUUAAAAUUUUAAAUUGUUCAAAA